AUGUCAGACGACGGCGAAGACUACCACAUCCCACUUCAGGACCAGCGAGUCUUCGGAGCCGGCAUCAAACGCAAGAGAAUCGCCUUCGUACCAGCGUCGUCUGCAUCCGAAUCCUCUCUGCCCACCUUCUCAAACCCGCAACCGCAGCCAGUCGACAUUGCCUCUCGCUACCUCUCCAUCGUCCUACCAAAGGACUCACAGUCUCUGCCAGAUCGCUCCUCCUCCGCCCCUCCUGGGCUGGGCCCUGCUCGGUGUAAGGUCUGCAACAAUCCGAUAACGUCGCUUGACCAGCACGAAUCCACGCUGGCCCACCAACUCUGCCUUGCCCACGUCAAUCCUCCGUCCCACCUUGACCGUACCCACCUCGGCGUCAAGUACCUAGAGUCCUACGGUUGGGAUCCAGACUCCCGUCUGGGAAUCGGCGCCCGCAACGAGGGCAUCCGCAUUCCCAUCAAGCCCAAGGAAAAGCACGAUACAGAAGGCUUGCGUGAACGGCAGGAAGAGGACGAGGCAACAAUACUUAAGAAACGGACCGCGGGCAAGAAGGAGGACAAGGUCGUCAGACUAGACGCCAAAAAAGUCCGUUUACAGGCCGAAGAGGCGAAAAAGAGAGCCGAGAGACUGAGAAAGUCCUUCUACGGCCCUGAUCUCGAACAGUAUCUCGGGCCGAAUAGUUGA